AUGUCGAAUUAUAGCAAUUACACGAGGAAUCAGAAUGAAGAUAAGAACGGCAGUGCUGCUAGCACAUCCAAGGGAAAAAAUAGCCUAAUGAAAGGAAAACUAUCUUCGUUAAACUCCGUUAUUAAGGUUUUUGCAGUUACCCUCGUAAUUUUGGCCCUUCAAUACUCCCACAAAAAUCACUGCGGUCCUAAUGGAAAAUGCCUAGUGAGCGGAUUAGAGUCACGCAAUGUAAGAAGCUUAUCUGAAAUGAACCAUAAUUUUGGAGGAUCAAGAGAGAGUUUACAUUUUCCUGGUGAACAUGUUAAUGAAAGAAGAAACAACUACAACAGUGGUAAUUAUAAUAGUCAAUGGGGAAGUUAUGAAAAUCUAGAUUCAUCAUCUUACCGUGGUAGUUAUUAUGACAACGACCCCCAACAUAUGGGUGAACAUAGCACGAAUGAACUUAAUAUAAACAACUUUAAUUCAGGAUUAGGCCGUAAACUUAAGGAAAAUGCUUUAUAUAUCAUACCAGGUAUGAUAGCAAGUUAUUAUGCAUGGAAUAGUUUAGGAACACAAACAUUUUUAAUGGUAGCCGCUAUUAUAGGAGUAUUGUUGUUUGCCAAGUAUAACUCUCAAUAA